UGAUAUUCUCUCUCUAACAAAAUAGCAAUCACUCCUCUUCCUUCUCCUCCCAACCGUCACCGACUCUUCUUUUUUGAAAUUCAAUCUUUCUUUCUUACAAGUGUCACCAGAUCUACAUUUCAAAAGACGAAAUCAAAUCAAAGCAGCAUUCAAUUCAAUUCAGAAAAUCUCCAUGGAAAUAGAAACACCUCUUUCUAAUCCUUCAAAGGCUUCCGGAGCUAUGAACGGCGGCGAAUCUUAUAAUCUCUCUUCCGACGCCGCCGCUCGAAAACGCAAACGCAGAAGAUGCAUAUGCAUAUGCUUGGGAAUUGUUUUAGCGAUAUUAGCGAUCGCGAUUAUCAUUCUGGUUUUAUCCUUAACCUAUUUCAAGGCCAAGCACCCAAUUACAAGGGUGAAUUCAAUCAACCUUAAAGAUGUGGAUUUCUCAAUAGACCUAAGGCUCCAAGUACACAUCAACAUUUCUAUUGAUGCUAAUCUCUCAUUGAAGAACCCUAAUAAGGUUGGUUUUGAAUAUUCCAAUAGUACCUCGUACCUGAAUUAUCGCGGAAUUGUUGUGGGCGAGGUUCCAAUUCCUGCAGGGAAGAUUUUGGCCGGAAAAACAACUGAUUUGAACUUGACUCUCACUUUGUUGGCGGAUCGUCUUCUUUCCAAUUCGCAACUAUAUUCUGAUGUUAUGUCGAGUAGUCUUCCGCUCAACCUUAAUACCAGAAUCUCGGGCAAAGUUCGGAUCUUGUUUGUCAAAAUUCAAGUCGUUUCAAACACUGAUUGCAAUCUCAAUGUUAACGUUCUCAAUAAGAAUUUGACCAGCAUGGAUUGCCGCUACAAGACCAAAUUAUAAGGUAUAUUGUCAUUGAAUUUUAUUU